AAAACGGGAAAAGGUUUGCUGGCCGCGGAGCAAAUCAACAACACUCCGCAUGUCUUUAUUUAUUUCUCUCUCUCUCUCUCUCUCUCUCUCUCUCUCUCUCUCCCAGUACCAUUAGCCAUGUGGCUGGACUAGAGGCUCAGUGAUGCCAGCUGCAGAGCAUGUCCGUCUGGGUAGGAAGCGCACCCUGCCCCCGUGCCCCAACCUCUUCCUCCAGUGGCUGUCAGAGCUCCGGGACCAGGCGGCAGAGAAGGGACAGAAGACCCAGUACGUUUAUCAGAAGGCUAUCAGUUCGUUGAAGAAGUACCCCCUCCCCCUCCAGAACGCUCGAGAGGCUAAGAUUCUACAGAACUUUGGAGACGGAAUCUGCAAGAUACUGGAUGAGAAGUUACAGAGGCAUUACAGAGAGAAUGGUCCGGACGCUCCCAUCCACUCCCUUCCCAGCGGUGUGACGGUGGCCCCUAGUCGCCGUAGCAACAACAACCUGGCUCAGCCCACCAAACAGCCCUCUAGGAAAGAGAGGGAAGGAGGGAGGAGGAAGAGGGAAUAUGUGCCCCAGAAGAGGUCUGGUGGAUAUGCUGUUCUGCUAACACUCUACAGAGAGUCUCAGGUUCCUGGGGGUAAGGGAUUUAUGUUUAAACUGGAGCUGCAGGCAGAGGCCCAGCAUCUGUCUGACAAGUCCUUCUCUGUGCCUGAUCUAGGUAGUAAAUACACGGCCUGGUCCUCAGUGAGUACACUGAUACAGAAAGACUUGGUCCUGAAGACACACAACCCCGCCAGGUAUUCUCUGACUGAGCUGGGUUUGGCCCUGGCAGAGAGACUAGAAGAUGGAGAGAGAGAAGAAGAAGAGGACAGGAGGAGUGAUGUGAGGGAAGAAGAGGAGGGAAGUGGGCCUGGCGUUGACCUUACUGCCGAGGAAGAUGAGAAAAAGAAGAGAACAGAGCCCAUAGCGGGGCCUAACCCGGCAGCCUAUGUUGCCCAGAGAGGGAGUGAGGUGCCUGGGGUACACUCUUCAGAAAAGCCCCAGGCUGCAGAGACAAAGACCAGGCCGGCUGGAGGCUGUCUGUACCCAGGCAGUUAUGACAUUGUGCUAUGUGUGGACUUCAUUGAGACUACUGGGGGCAGCACGGCCUGUAAGCAGGAGCUGGUGAAGGAGCUGCAGAGGAACGGCGUAACCUUUGACGUCAGGAAGUUAAACGUAGGUGACUUCCUGUGGGUGGCCAAGGAGAGGGUCGCUCCCGUGUCAGGUCAGUUGCGUGCCCCUCCAAGUAGGGAGCUGGUCCUUGAUUACAUCAUCGAGAGGAAGAGGAUGGACGACUUGUGUGGUAGCAUCAUCGACGGACGAUUCAGGGAACAGAAGUUCCGUCUGAAGAGGUGUGGUCUACAGAAGCCCAUCUACCUGGUGGAGGAGUGUGGUUCUGCUGCUGCUCACCUGAGUUUACCUGAGACCACGCUACAGCAGGCUAUAGUUAAUACACAGGUGGUAGAUGGCUUCUUUGUGAAGAGGGUCCAGGACGUGAAGGAGUCUGUAGCCUACCUCACUGUCAUGACCCGAUACCUCGCCAAGCUUUACCAGAACCGUACGUUGGUCUGUCGCUCCAGGGAGCUAGAGGGGGAUGGACAGAACGAGGAAGAGUGUGGAGGGAGGGAGAGAGAGGACCCCUCCUGUUCUCUCAUCUCCUUCGCAGAGUUCAACCAAGGAGCUGUCAAGAACAAGUGUCAGACAGUGAGAGAGGUGUUUGCCAGACAGCUGAUGCAGAUUUCUGGACUCUCUGGUGAUAAGGCUGUUGCUAUACUAGAGCACUACAGUACUCUACACAGUCUGUUGAAAGCGUAUGAGCAGUGCCCCAGCGACACAGAAAGAGAGAAACUACUCUCCUCCAUCCGAUAUGGAAAACUGAAAAGGAACUUGGGUCCAGCUUUGAGUCGCACAGUUUACCAGCUCUACUGUACGAAAGGAGCACUGUCAUAGACACACACACUCUCGCUCACACUCACACACCACAACACACACACACACACACACCACAACACACCUCUACAACGUAGUGUUUAAGUCAUUCCCUGCCAAUGUAAACCUAUAUGUAAAUGCUGCUAUUGUUGUGAUUUUUCCACUAUUUUCUAGUCAAGUGCGGCAGCAGGUAGCCUAGUGGUUAGAGUGUUGGACUAGUAACCGAAAGGUUGCAUGAUCGAAUCCCCGAGCUGACAAGGUACAAAUCUGUGGUUCUGCCCCUGAACAAGGCAGUUAACCCACUGUUCCUAGGGCCAUUAUUGAAAAUAAGAAUUUGUUCUUAACUGACUUGCCUAGUUAAAUAAAGGAUCAAAUAAAGUAUUAUUUUAAAAAGUUCCAGAAAUUAUGGUUAAGAAUGAAUUAAAGUCUUGGCUGUAGUUUGGAGAAAUAUUCUUUGUUGUUGUCAUCACUGUUAUAAAUGCAUUUAUUACCCAUAACUCCCAGAGCUGUUCCAGUUUAUCACAUUAAAGCAUUUUUGCUUAAAACGGCCCUAAUAUACUGAGUGUACAAAACAUUAGGAACACCUACUCUUUCCAUGAGACUGACCAGGUGAAAACUAUGAUCCCUUAUUGAUGUCACUUGUUAAAUCCACUUCAAUCAGUGCUGAUGAAGAGGAGACUGGGUUCAGUCAGUGCUGAUGAAGAGGAGACUGGGUUCAGUCAGUGCUGAUGAAGAGGAGACGGGUUCAGUCAGUGCUGAUGAAGAGGAGACGGGUUCAGCCAGUGCUGAUGAAGAGGGGACGGGUUCAGUCAGUGCUGAUGAAGAAGAGGAGACGGGUUCAGUCAGUGCUGAUGAAGAAGAGGAGACUGGUUCAGUCAGUGCUGAUGAAGAGGAGGAGACGGGUUCAGUCAGUGCUGAUGAAGAGGAGGAGACGGGUUCAGUCAGUGCUGAUGAAGAGGAGGAGACGGGUUCAGUCAGUGCUGAUGAAGAGGAGGAGACGGGUUCAGUCAGUGCUGAUGAAGAGGGGACGGGUUCAGUCAGUGCUGAUGAAGAGGAGGGACGGGUUCAGUCAGUGCUGAUGAAGAGGAGGGACGGGUUCAGUCAGUGCUGAUGAAGAGGAGGGGACGGGUUCAGUCAGUGCUGAUGAAGAGGGGACGGGUUCAGUCAGUGCUGAUGAAGAGGGGACGGGUUCAGUCAGUGCUGAUGAAGAGGGGACGGGUUCAGUCAGUGCUGAUGAAGAGGAGGGGACGGGUUCAGUCAGUGCUGAUGAAGAGGAGGGGACGGGUUCAGUCAGUGCUGAUGAAGAGGAGGGGACGGGUUCAGUCAGUGCUGAUGAAGAGGGACAGUGGCAACAAGUCAUUCUGUUUUGAACCCUGCCUUUUAAGCUGAAAAAAAAAGAAGUUUGUUUUUAUGUUAUUUUGGCGUUGAUACGUGUGUCACACAUCAGUUUGCAGAGAAUGUAAACCAUGUAAUAAAGCCGCAUACAAACCAUG